GCUUUUGUACGAAAAGGAACGAUCCGAUAUUCGAUCCUUUCAGUUUUCGGGACCCGGUGAAAUUGCGAAAGUUUCGAAGUUGAUCCCAAUUAUUGUGUUUGAUAGAUGAGACGGAGGUUUAUCAUCCGUCGAAAUUGCUAACAAAUUAUUCCGCUAGUGAGUGGUGGCAAUCCGGUGGACGGGCGUUAAGUUGUUUGUAGAGGAAAUGUUCCUGCUGAUGUGAUUUGAUUAGAUUAUUUUUGGACAGUAGGCAAAUAACGUUUGAUUGAGCAAUUUUUGUCCCUCAUACAUUUCGACACGAUAAGACAACCUAAGGAACUUCACUGCAAUGAAGUUUACUUAUAACAUGAGUGCAAAUUGUGAUGAUGGAUCCAGAGAACGGCACAUGUCGUCACACGCCACGUCGUUUUGAUUUGUUGGCCAAAUUUUCCUUUUCCUGAAACCAAUGGUUUUCUCGUUCUCUGUGAAAGUGAAAUAUCUUCUGUGACUCCAUGAUCUCCAUCUCCCAUGAUUAGUAAUCAAACCAGACAAGUGAUAAAGUGAAAAAAACAACACCAAGCUCAAAAUGCUGCUAGCCACCGUACUGUGGACUAUUCUGACGCUACUGGCAGCGGCCUACUGUGAUUCCAACAACCUUCAGCUCAAUGCCGUUCCCGAGCCCGUUUGUGGACAAAUCUCGCUAAUGCUGGAUAAUUGCUUCUACAACACGACGCCUAAGGUGGCCGCCGAUCUGCUCUAUACGGUCAAAAUUCCGGAAUCUGUGGAGGAAAUCAGCAGCCGUUGUCUGGUGUUCAACCGGGGCAUGGACUGCGUGCAGCAUUAUCUGAAAGUUUGCGUGGACACAAAGGAACGCAAAAUCAUCGAGAAUGAGGUGUACGGUGCCAAAAAGCUGUACGAAUUCCUGUGCCAGGAUAAAACAUUCCAACGAGAGUUCUUGAAGCACAAAUCCUGCUUCCAUCACAUGCACGAUGACUGGGACUCGUGCUCCAGUAAAUUUGUCAACAUUUUGAAGGAUGAAAUGGCCCGGACUACUAAGCAGUCCUACAAUGUUCAGUACAUGCAUUUCUGCUGCGCCCGCUUCGGUUACGAGAACUGUGUCUUCACCAGUGCCCAGUACAAGUGCAAGCUGGAGUCGGCGGUGUUUCUGAAGAAAAUCGCCAAGCUACUUUCCACCGACCGGCACUUCCUGAACUGUGAUAGAAUCGAGAGCGAAAUUUGCUCUUCCGGUCGACGACUACAGCCCCCGGCGGCGACGGUGACGGCACUCUUUACCGUGACGACGGUACUGGCACUAAUGGUUCUACUGACGACGCCGUCGUCGAUGUCCGGGCUCCGAUAGGACCGCUGGUUCUGGAAUCCAAUUGAAGCCAACCUGUUUACGCUUUAGGACACCGGCUGUUUGCGGCGAUAGUCUGUUGUUCGGUGUCGGACGCGGUUCUGGUCCUUGAAAUAUGUUACAAACCGACGUGUAAAGCGAACAUAUUUAGAACCAAUACGGUAGAAGAAUUUUAAACUUUGAAACACACAAAAGUGUUUACCGAAGGGCCACCCAGCACGUAGGGAGUGUAGAAUAAUUUUCGAAUCUGAGAGAAAUGUUGUAAUUAAAGGGUUUUCCCAUGGGAAAACAUUAAAAAUAACUGUGACUUGACCGUCCGGGUACGUACGAUCUGUUUUGGAAAACGAAAUUAAAAAUAACCAAGCAAGAAACCAUCAGUUGAAAAGCAGAAUGCUUUUCCCGAUGAUUGUUGUCCUUCUAGCUAUUGAGCAUUAUUUGUCGUAGGUAAAUAAAACUUUAUUUAUUGCUGUAGAACAUUUUAACGUACACUGUAUUAAACGGUUCGUAUAGUAUCGUUGCUGUGAUCAAGCGUAUUUUGUAUGGAAAAUCAAAAAGAAAGCAUCUCAAGUAU